AUGUUAGAACAAACCCCACUGAGUGUUUUAUCCCAUUAUGCAGGUGAUCAUCAUGUCAUUUUCGAUACUGAUAUUGGUAUUGAUGAUGUAUUUGCCCUGACCAAUUUUACAGCGACACAAACUUUAUCAUUUCCUUCCGUGUUGGGAAGACCACAUUCCAUCAAUGUUUGUGCAGUGAGUAUUGUCAAGGGACUUUCAUUGAAUUUGGAAAAGGCAGCCGAAUGUAUUCAGAGAAUACAACAGGAUACUGGAUUUUUAAAGAAGGGAACCAAGUUAUUUGUUGGAGCUAUGGAGAGAAUGGAUCCUGUGAAUGGGCAUUGUUUCUCCGAAGCACAAUGGUAUAAGGAUUAUGAAUUUGAGAGGGUUCAUAAUGAGUUGGGAGAUUUGGCCAAGUUGAAUCCAUUGAAUGCUAUUGGUGAUUUAGAAAUUAUUGGAAAUGACAAUUAUGUUGAGGAAAUGAUUAAAUUGAUGGAAGGUGCACCUGAUAAUUAUUUCACAUGGUUCAGUAUUGGACCAAUGACUAAUUUGGCACGAUUAUUAGUGAAUGAACACCAUAGAAAGAUAGUCCAGCAAAAACUUAAAAUGAUUGUUAUUAUGGGAGGUGCCAUUUUCACCAAUGAACCAGCCAACGAAGUCAAUCAAAGUGAAACUAAUUUCUUUUGUGAUGGAAAAGCUGCCAAGAUGGUAAUUGAAUAUUUGAGUGAAAAAGUCUACCUGUUUGAAUUAUCAGUCGCCAAUUUACACGUCAUUGAUGCAGAAAAUCUAAAAAUUCUGGUUGACUUGAUUAACAAGACUGACGAUUUGGACAAAAUCCCUCCAAUUGUAAAAUUGAGAAGAGAAUUCCUCAAAAUUUCCUUAGAGUCAUGCACCUACGAUACAUGCACAUCAACUUUUCUAUUAUAUCCUCAACUAUUCGAACUGAAACAGGUACCAGUUAUACUCUAUGAUGAAAAACCAAAAGAAGGCAUUAUAGAACUGGUGGAAAAUGCAUCUGAAACCGAUUCCACUCCACUAACCAAAAUCUGGUGUGCCACCAAACUCAAUCAAUCUCUCUAUUUUGAACUCAUUAAGGAACGUGUCUGUAAUUAUACCGAAUACUAUUCAUUGUAA